CAAUAUUCCAUUUCUCAUCAACGUUGCAUCGCAAAUUGUGACCAGAACGCAAGUAACUCAAUCAACCCCAAACUUAUUUAAAUGCGAUUACAAUUCAAAUCAAUCAAUUUUUGUGUAUUAUCUCGUAACUACUGUCGCGCAUACAGAAACUUAUUACUAACUGAUAUCAAAUUACCAGAAUUUGUGUCGCACACUUCCUACUUGACGAAAGAGAGACGAUCGAUCGAUAUAUGGAGUGGAGCAAUUGAACAAGAUUAAUUUUUCUGUCGGUUUCUGUUCAAUUAUUUGUCAGCUGGCACGCGAGAUGGAUGUAAAAAAUAUCGCUGAGGUCUCAAAAGAGGAGAUAAAGGAAUUUUUUGAUUCGUUUGACAAUGUUGUGUUCGAUUGUGAUGGCGUUCUUUGGCACGUAAAACAACCACUUCCCGGUGUGAAAGAAUGUCUCGAAGCACUCAAAAAACUGGGAAAAGGCUUGAAAUUCGUCACGAACAACAGCGUUCGAAGUCAAAAAAAUUACGAAAUGAUGUUCGAGUCACUCGGCGUCGAAAUUCAAGAAGAUGACUUGAUUCAUCCCGUGCGAGCGAUCAUCAAACAUCUCAAAGAAAUCGAUUUUCAUGGAUUAAUUUACUGCGUUGGCAGUUCAACGUUCAAGAAUUGCUUGAAAGACGCCGGAUACGAGCUCAUUGAUGACCCCAUGGAGCUAAUGCCGGAAGAUUUUGUCUUUGCGGUUCAGGCAAUUCGUGCUCCGGCACCCGUAAAAGCCGUUAUUGUCGACGUUGACUUCAAUAAUUGUCAUCCAAAGUGUGCGAGAGCCGCAUAUUUCUUGACCGAUCCGGAAGUUUUGUUUAUCGCGGGUGCGAGUGACUUGCGGUUGCCGUUGAAGAAGAACGUCAGUAUUUUGGGUCCGGGAUAUUUUACGAGAAUUAUCGAGGAACAUGCGGAAAGGAAAGCCAUGAGAUUUUCAAAACCGAGUCCGGAAUUGGCGGAACAAGUUGUCGCGAAUGCCGGAAAAAGAUGUCUUUUUAUUGGAGAUAUGUUGGAACAAGACAUGGGAUUCGCCAACGAUUGCGGUUACAAGAAAAUGUUGGUCUUAUCUGGCGGCACGAGCAAACAAGAAUUGCUAGAACUCGAAAUGGAUUCACCUUUAAAGCCCGAUUUUUAUGGAAAUUCCUUGCAAGACCUACUUUUGGCGGCGCAAAUGUUGCAAGGACAAUUUUUGCUUUGA